AUUGGACAUUGUCUGAACAAUGCACUGAAUUUUUUUGCUGCCUAAGAGUCAGUGCCCCCUGAAAAAUCUGGGUCAAAUGACUUUUGUCGAGGUGUUUUGAAGGAAAAUAGAGUGAAAAAGGUCAUGACUCUCCUGAGGAAUCCGAGAAUCUAGCAACAGUGUCCCACUAAAAUCCCCCCACAUCCCCAAUACCCCCAGAAUUAUCAAUCAGUGUGACAUACACAAUUUCAGCGACAGUGGCGCAGUCACUUGUAGUUUAAAGAAACCCAACAUGGCAGCCCGAUCGAAAACAACUCGAUGCAACUUCCAUUGAAGUGACAAAGCAUAAGACCCAGACAAUCCCCCAAAUAGCCAUCAAAAAAUAAAAACCCAGGCCCUCUCGACAAUCCAAUCAAUAAUGUGAAAACAAUCGUCGGAGGGUGAUGGAGAGAUAACGCUUGAGGUAUUUUCAGUGUUCGAGAGUGGAAAAAAAAAAGUUCUGAGAAUUUUUGUAUACUUUGAGCCUCGUAUACUCCAGGUAAUACACGACUGAAAUUUCCGUCGUCCAAUUGGGCCCCACGGCACUCCAGCAACGUUCAAAUUUCGUAACGGUCGUUCUCCGAGCCACGCAGAAUACGUUUGACAGAAGUUUUUAUCUACAGAGAUGAUGGAGGACUGCAAUGAGGUGUUGGUCUGCGCCACCGAAUUUCUUAAGGAUCGUUUCUACCUUGUCACCCUGCAAACUGAUAUCAAACCCAAAAGUACCACAGACACGCACUACUUUAGUAUUGACGAUGAAUUGGUAUACGAGAAUUUUUACGCCGACUUUGGGCCACUCAAUCUCGCAAUGCUGUACAGAUACUGCGAUACAGUUAACAAGAAACUGAGAGCUAUUGCCUUAAGUAAGAAGAAAAUUCUUCAUUACACAACUACAGAUCCAGAGAAGAGGGUCAAUGCUGCAUUUUUAGCUGGCAGUUUUGCUAUACUGUACUUGAAGAAGACAGCCCAAGAGGCCUACGAGUUGCUGAUGAACAGUCCCCACAGUCCACCAUAUCAAAUGUUUCGUGAUGCCUCAUUCGGACCUGCAUGUUUUCAAAUAUCUCUGAGAGAUUGUCUGAGUGCUAUUCACAAAUGUCAUCGUCUCGGCUUCUUCAACUUUGAUGACUUCAAUCCCAAGGAGUACGAGCAUUUCGAGAGAGUUGAGAAUGGGGAUCUCAAUUGGAUUGUACCGGAGAAAUUUAUUGCCUUCUGUGGACCACACGCUAAAUUGAAUAAUGAAAAUGGAUAUCCAUUGCAUGCACCAGAGUCAUAUUUCUCGUACUUUCAACGGAAUAAUGUGACGACGAUCGUGAGAUUGAAUCAGAAGAUCUACGAGGCAACGAGAUUCACUGAGGCCGGUUUUGAUCACAAGGAUCUGUUCUUCGCUGACGGAUCGACUCCCACUGACUCGAUCGUACGUCAGUUCUUGAAGAUAUCGGAGAACAAUCCAGGGGCCAUCGCAGUUCAUUGCAAAGCUGGCCUUGGGAGGACAGGAUCGUUGAUAGGGUGUUACAUAAUGAAACAUUACCAUCUGUCAUCUCAUGAAACCAUUGCAUGGAUCAGAAUAUGCAGGCCUGGCUCUGUUAUCGGUCAUCAGCAGAGAUGGCUCGAAGAUAAAGAGAAAUAUCUCCACUCAUUGAUAAAAAACCCGUUGAGGGCUGAGAAUGGAAAUCCUCCUCAUCCCUUUGGAAUUUACUCGAGAAUCGGACGACCGAAUGCUUUCUCGGCUGUGCCGAGGUGUCCUAAUUUGGGACAGGAUAAUGUCUCUGGUAUAUUACACCGAGUCGAUGGCAUUCGUCUGGACGAUACGUCAUCCCCAACGACGAGUACCAGUGUUCCUCAAAAAUUCGCGUGCAUGACGCAGGGAGACAAAUUGAAUGAAAUAAAAAUACGUAGACGACGUGCCGGUAGUAAUUUUUACGUGGAAAAUUCAAUAGGACAGCCUGCGGUUGUACUGAACAAAACCAAAACCAAAUAUUUCAGUCCGAACUUGGGACUUUUACUGCAAUCAAGAAGUCAGAAAGGCGGGAUAUCACCUUUAGUUGGAUCCAAGAAGGAUACCAAUAAGCGUCUCCUAGCGCGUUCAACCACAACGACACUCGUUAAAAGAAAUCCAAGGCGAGUGACUGGAAAUUGCAAACCAUCCCCUUGCUCGAGGCCUAAAACAGCGAGUCAAAUGGCUCUGGAUAUUGUAUGGUCGAAAACAAAAAGUCCAGCUGCUUCGAAGUCUAUGGGUGUGACCAAACCAGUAACGAGAUCGAACGUGAGGGAGACGUGUUUGGGAGACAAUCGUGCUGCAACAUCAUCAACGAGCAGUCAUCCUCUUCAGCAGUCACAAUCUGGCAUGAAUAUGGUUCUCAGAUCAGCAGAUCGAGUCAGUCGAUAUAAUUCGUUGAGGCAUGGUGUUGGGGCUGAGGCUAGCAUCACCCGUACAUCGAGACAACGGAGAAGAUCACACCGUUUAAACCCCAUCGUACAAUGAGAGAAUAUCGACCAGAGGCUUUUUAAAAACAUUUCAUUUGUGGUAUCAAACAGCUAACACCAAUCAACACGAAAAAUGGCUUAUCAAUUUUCAGUGUCUAAUGCAUUACACACCGAUGUGAUAACAAUACACGUAAUUAUCGGGGGUAAAAGACUUCAACCGAAUACAUAAUAAUGUAUCUAAUUUUAAUAAUUAUACCCCUUUUUUUUUAUUAUUUUCAAAUUUUUAUAGAAUCAUCGCUGUAAAGUAGUUUGUAUCAAAUUAGUGGCGGCUAAUAUUCUUAUAAUAUUAAUAUUCUGAAUUAUGUAUAUAGAGUUAUCAUGUGGUAGCACAAGAAAUUUUUGGGGUUGAUAAUGGAUAUUCAUAUUUUAGGUGAAGCCCCUUCGCUGCUCUUGCAGUUUUUCAAUGUAUUCAGAUAUUUUUUUUUUGUAAAUCUUCGGAGGAUAUUUGCAAUCAUUUGUGAUUAAAUAUUCAAGGAAAUAUUUUUUAAUGGAAUCGAUGAUUUGUUGGUAGGGAUUAGGAGAUCCUGUCUUUUAAAAAUGUGAUCAAGUUUCGGACAUAAUCAAAAGAAUAUUAUCGAUCAUUAAAAUCGUAUAGUCUAAUUGAUAUUGGAGAAAAGCUCAAAGGUACAAGUUCGAUGGAUAUUCAACAAUUAGUCGUUACUUUUUAAUUUUAUACAAAGAAAAUUGGUUGGCAAAGUCCUGGGAUCUCCUUGAGUAUAAAUAAUUGUGAUAUAAAAUAAUGGAAUCAAUAAUACAUCACAAAUGAUGCAUCUAUCACUUUUUUUUCGACUAAAUUCACUGACUUUAGACAGAAUAGAAUUAGGUUUUUGUUGAUCAAUGGUGCGUGUACAUUAUAUAUAAGUAUUAUACAUAAUACCGACAUAAAAAUUGAGUACUUGCACAUUCUUAUUAAUGAAGGACGACCCGAGGUCCGUCUAAUUGUCACUUAAUGUAUUCACAGUAUUUUAGUAAAGAGUAAAAGCAUUUUCUGAAGUUUUCACGAAUGUAUAGAAUGUUACGUAUUCGUAAAUGUAGAGAUCAUUGUCGAGGCACAUUUAAAUAACACAUUUUUGAAGGAUAUGUAUGGCGAAUCAUGGAUUUUAAUGAAUUGUACAUGUUUUUAAGAAAAUUGUACGGUGCAACAGAAAUUUUUAGACACCACCGAAUCUCUUAUGUAUAUUCUCUGUUAACAUUUUGUCAAUUUUAAUAUGAAAUAAAAUCAUUACCCAGAUGGGUAAUAAUGGCAAUACUAA